AUGGAUUUUAGUUCUGUUUUAAACACUGAUCAUAGAGAAAUUUUGCAUAAUAUGUUGCCUACAGGUGAUGGUUUUGAAGGAAUUGUUCUAAGUUCAGAACCUUUGACUAAUGGAUUUUCUACAAAGGAAUACCAUUGCAUUCAUAAUACAAAACCAAAACGAAAUACUAAGCCUCAUGAAAAGCAUCUAAAUUGUAAUGCCAAAAUCAUUGUAACCAUUAAAAACAAGGAAAUGAAAAGAAGCAAUGAUGUCUUUUUAAAGAAGUACCCCUGUGAAAUUUUUUUAAGGAACACCCAUAAUCAUUCAAUAUAUACUUCAUCAGCACUAAAGUUUUGUCCCCCUUGUCAACAGUUGCAGGAAGAAUUUAAAUUAUUAUUCACUAAAGGACAUUCACCAAGCACAGCAUACAGUCUAUUUAAAGAUGAAUUAUAUGAAAACCACAAUCAAAGGUACAAUGCAAUUGUAGCUGAUGGCAGUAUUUACUGGCAAAUGCCCAACACUGAAGUGGAAAUUGAAUGUUGUACAUGCUUUAUGGGCAAUAGAGGUGGAUCUUGUAAACACCAAUUGGCUGUUGUAACGCAAUUUGGCUUAAAUUCGCAGCAAUUCCAUCCUACUUUAAUUAAUAGUGACUUCAAAGAACUUUUGCAUAAGGUUGUUUAUGGUGUUAACUGUGAAAUAGAAGGAUGGUACUUAAAUUUGAAUGACACCAAAGCUAAUGAAGUUGUCAAAAUUUAUAAUAAUUUAUCAGCUAUUGAGGUACCCAGUUGUAGCUCUCCAGAUUUGCACAAUAUUGACAUUAAUUUUAAUGAUAUUCCACCGAUAUCAACUAGUGAAAAAGAUAAAAUCCGUGGACAACUUGAACAUUUUGUUGAUUUACUUAUGAACAGGUUUGAAAAUAAUUUUGAUGAAUGCAAUCAAACUAUUUUAAAAUUUUUAAAGAAUGUGGAAUGCUGUAAAACAAAUUCAUCCCUUACAAGUGCAUUGUGUACGUUUGGUAAAUAUAACGGGACAGGACUUCCUAAAAUUAAAUCAGGAAAAAAUAUUCAGGAUGGAAAUAGAAUAGGCGUGCAGCCAACAGCAAUAAUGAGACGAAAAUCAGGACUAGGGGGAAGAAAUAUUGCUCAAAGUGGCAGACCUCCAAAAAGGCUUCGGCUGUCAGAUCAUGCCUAUAGUGAUGAUGAUGAUCUUUAUUUCAUAGCAAUGAGCUAA